AGGGACGUGAUGCGAGAGAUUACCGGGAAGCAGAGCGAGCGAGGUGGUCUUCAAAUUUAUAUUAUUAUAAAAUUAUAAUCUUCAAACAGCUUUUAAAGAAGACGACUUACAAAGAAGAGACUCUUAAUUCUUGGUUUUUCGGUUGUGUUCGCAAACAGUCUUGGAAUUUCCGAAGCCGGUGUGUGUAACGUGCCGCAGUUUAUUUAGCUGACAUUUCCCAAUCUAAAAGGAAUGCCAAGGGAACUAACCCAAAACAGGAUCCAAAAAAUCUGGAUUCCCUCUAAGGAUGGCAAACCUUCAAUGCCCCGCACAUCACAUGCAGGCCCCCACCUGGCAAACCCCCCAACGGUGAUAGUGAUGGUAGGGCUUCCUGCUCGGGGCAAAACCUACAUUUCAAGGAAACUCACACGCUACCUCAAUUGGAUUGGUAUUCCCACAAAAGUCUUUAAUGUUGGCGAGUAUCGUCGAGAGGCAGUGAAACACUACAGCACUUACGAUUUCUUCAAAUCGGACAAUGAGGAUGCCGUAAAAAUCCGACAGCAAUGUGCCUUGGCCGCUCUGAGAGAUGUCAAGACUUACCUCACCGAAGAGGAAGGUCAGGUGGCUGUUUUUGAUGCUACAAACACAACCAGAGAGCGGCGAGAUAUGAUCCUGGAGUUUGGUGCAGUAAAUGGCUUCAAGAUUUUCUUCAUUGAGUCUGUUUGUGACGACCCAAAUGUAAUCGCCUGUAAUAUCUUGGAAGUUAAGGUGUCAAGUCCUGACUAUCAAGAUUGCAACAAGACGGAUGCCAUGGAGGACUUUAAGAAAAGAAUUGAAUGUUACAGAAUGAACUAUCAGCCGCUUGACCCUGACCAAUAUGACAAAAAUUUGUCCUUCAUCAAAGUGAUCGACGUGGGUCGCAGAUUCCUGGUGAACCGCAUUCAAGACCACAUCCAGAGUCGGAUCGUCUACUACCUGAUGAACAUCCAUGUGCAGCCGCGGUCUAUUUAUUUGUGUCGCCAUGGCGAGAGCCAACACAACCUGCAGGGCCGACUGGGCGGAGACUCUGGACUGUCUACAUGUGGACGAAAGUUUGCAGGAGCUCUUGCUAAAUUUGUAGAAGAGCAGAACUUGAAGGACUUGAAGGUUUGGACAAGCCAGAUGCGCCGUAGUAUCCAAACCGCCGAGGCCCUCAAUGUGCCGUAUGAACAGUGGAAAGCCCUGAAUGAGAUUGAUGGCGGUGUGUGUGAGGAGAUGACCUAUGAAGAAGUGAGGGAGAGGUUUCCAGACGAGUUUGCUCUCAGAGAUCAAGACAAAUACUACUACCGCUACCCCUCCGGAGAGUCAUAUCAGGAUUUAGUUCAGCGGGUGGAACCUGUGAUCAUGGAACUGGAACGACAGGAAAAUGUUCUUGUCGUUUGUCACCAGGCUGUGAUGCGCUGCCUAUUAGCCUACUUCUUGGACAAAAGUGCAGAUGAGAUGCCGUACCUGAAGUGUCCACUCCACACAGUACUGAAGCUGACCCCGGUGGCUUAUGGGUGCAAAGUUGAAUCCAUCUCUCUGAAUGUGGAGGCAGUGAACACACAUAGAGACAGACCAGAGGAGGUGAAGAGAGGCCCGAGCACUCUGAUCAGGAGAAACAGCGUGACCCCUCUCACCAGCCCUGAACCCAAUAAGAAGCCCCGCAUCGAGGGUCUGGAUGACACGAUCGUCAGAGAGGUGACGCCCACCCAACUGACCCUGUGUUCAACUUCACACACCACUCUCACUCUGUCCACACAGCACUGGCUUAGUGAAGCUUGUCUACGCACUUUUUUACAUUACCUACAAGUGGUGUCAGUGCUGCUGUUUCAGAGAACCUGAAGAAAUGCUCCAUAGAGUGCCAUGAACCCCCUCAGCUCUGCCUGUGAGAUUUUAAGGCUGUGUUGCUUUACUCAGCGCGGAAGAGUUUCCUGCCAAGCUGCUUCCUCUUUUCCUCCCAGAGAUGGUGUGUGUGUGUGUGUCCAGCUCCCAAAAAUGGACACUGAGUGCAGCUGUGGGUUUUUCUAUUAGUCCUUCAUGAACUUGUAAUUAAUGUGCGUAUCGUGUGGUUUGUGCUAGUAUGGAGUUUAGUGAUUUCUAUGUGUGUUUUUUGGGUAUGAAGGGAAAAUCGGAGCCCAGUUGCAGGGAUUGUUGUCAACCACCCCCACAUUUUUGGACACUAUUCCCAGUUUACGUAACAGGAUACUACUUGUAUAUGUUUUUAUUUUGGUCUCAGCCAGUUUUUUUUAACACUGAUGUUAAGAAUAUGCGCUGAACUUCGAAGGACGAUGCUAAAACAGACCAAAGAUCACUCGGGCUGAUUCAUGGCUUUUCUACACUCACUUUCAAACAUAUGCUGCAAAUAAUAAAUUGCACAUUUAGAUCAUUUGCAUUUAUUUGUCUUAAUUUCUGAGGGCAAUAAUGAAUCUUACCAUUUGUAAUGCUGCUGGCAGUUUUGAAAGCUGUUUAAAAGUUCUCAUGUUGUCCACUGCGGUUUCAGAUGAUUUGUGUUAUGGAUAUGGAUUUGUUUUUUGUGUGUGUUUUUAUGACCUGAUGACAAGGUC